AUGGAUCUUUAUGAUGAGUUGCCUUGGAGUGAGCUGCUUUAUGAUGAGGAAUUUACUGCCUUGCUAGAUGCCACCAAACAACAUCAGGUCUCAGUCGUGGAACUCCUUACAGUGAAUGCCAAAGAACUAGCAAGGAUUUUACAACGUUCAAUUAAUGAAGUGUCCAAGUUUCAAGAGGUUUUGUCUUUAGAAUUCAACAAGCAGCUCACUCAAUCGAAACCCAGCCUCACCGCAGAAAUUGAAGAUCCUAAAUCUUUCUCAACAACGGAUGUGAGCAUCGAUGAUGCUCUAGGUGGGGGUAUCCAUACUCAUGGGAUUACUGAGAUUUUUGGGGAAAGCUCAACUGGUAAAUCACAACUAUUGAUGCAGCUUAGUCUUGCUGUUCAACUGCCGCCCAAAUUAGGAGGUCUCGGGGGUAAAUGUGUCUAUAUCACAACUGAAGGAGACCUCCCCACUCAGAGGUUACAGGAAAUGAUAGCAUCAAGACCUGAGUUCAAGGAGAAUGGUGUCAGUCAGGACAACAUAUUCACAGUCAGUUGUAAUGACCUCGUAAAUCAAGAGCAUAUUCUGAAUGUGCAACUGCCUAUUCUGUUGGAAAAUCAUGAAGGUGCUAUUAAGCUUGUAAUAAUUGACUCCAUCUCUCAUCAUUUGCGCGUAGAGCUGGAGAGUAAGUCGUUCAAGGAUUUCCAAGGCAACAAGUUUUACAUUGACCAGAUGGCAGAGGGGCUUUUGAAUCUGGCGAGAAAGCAUCUAUUGGCAAUAGUAGUUGCAAAUCAAGUUGGUGAUAAGCCUUUAUCUGACCGAGUUGAUACAUGCCGCCAGGAUGUAGACAACUAUGAAUAUCAGCUAGGCUGGAUGGUGGGAUGGAAGGACUCGACAAUAUUAUACCGUCAGAAAUACAACGAGCCCCGAGCCACAAUAUCAAAUAACAACGAGAAAAUCAGUCGUGAUUUGGAAAGUAUCCUUUCAGAUGAUGACGAUGCUCGUUUGAUUGAGCAGGAAUUGAUUAAGGUUACAAAAAUGUCGAACAAACCGCCGGCUCCCAUAGAUCAAGGCAAUAAGAGGAAGCUUCAGGAGCCCGGUAAUAAUGGAGGAUCGUUGGCACACAACAGAUACGACAAGAUCAAGAAAAGAAAGAUGGAUAACCAAGUUCCGAACCUUGGACUGGCAUGGGCUAAUCAUGUAGCGACUCGGAUCCUUACCGGUAAAACUUACAAAGCAUCAUCUUUAAUCAAAAGAGGCGAACUACAUCUUUAUAAGGGCACAGAUCCCUCAGCGUUCUGGCAGGUACGAAGAACAAUGAAGGUCGUAUUUUCGACAUAUGCGGAACCAUCACAAAUAUCAUUUGUCAUAAGUAGAAGGGGAAUAGAGACAGUCUCAGCAUAA